AUUAUCGAACUCACUACUCUUUCAUACAAAUUAAACUAACCUAUCUAUGUUCAUUUUCAUAAUUAGCUAGGAGGCUGAACCAUUUUCUCAAGAUUCAUUUUCAUCGAACAAGGAAAUUAAGCAUGGCAGAAGAUCAAUUUCAGGCAAGUGGAAACUGGUGGGAGAAUCCAGCUAUCAGGAACAAUUGGCAACCGCAUCAGCAACAACAAGAUGAAUCAGAUCACAUGAUGAAACCAACAAGGGUUUCUAUGGAUUCCUCGGGUGGUGGCGCUGCCGGUGGCGGUUCGUCUUCUGUGGUGUUCCAUGACCCACAGAAGCUUCAGCCUCCGGAUUCUGCCGCGGCCGCCACUUCUUCCACUGACCCCAACUUGCACUUUAUGGCUUUAGGCCUCUCUUCCCCGCCCAUCGAUUGGAAUCAACAACCAUCCUUCUUGUAAGGGUGGAGAGAACAGCUUCAGGUCGAUGCUACAAGAAGAGGGUGGAGGCGGCGGCGGCAUGGGGUUGUCAGCACAACAAGUCCAUCAAUGGAGAUCAGCGGAAAGCGAAUUCAAGAACAAUAGAGGUUUCUGUUUGGAGCAAAACCAAUUCAGUCCUCAAUAUAGCUCCGGUGACAGCACAGUAACAAGCCAACAAGGAUUUCAUCACCAACACAUGGAUCAUUCCGCAGUUCUAUACGGUAGCCCUUCAUCAAUCUUACAAGGACUAUUAGGACCUGAUCAUCAUCAACAACAAGCUAAUCAUAAUUUUUCAUAUCCAACUUCAAACUAUGGGUUGAGUUCUUCUAGUAGCAAUGACUUUGUGCCUUCUUCUUCUUCUUCUAAUUGGUCUAAUAACAACAACAAUAAUAAUAAUAACAAUAAAGUGCCUCAGUUCUUGAGAGGCUCGCCACCAAAACAGUUAUCCAAUUCCUCAUCAUCACCGAUAACAACGACAAACACUAGUUUGCAUUUCACAAACAACGCUCCUUUUUGGAACGCUGCUGCUUCUGACCCUAAAGAUGUUAGGUCCACCACCUUCUUCCCUAAUUCAUUGCAGCCACCAUUCUUCACUAAUCCAAGUUUUGAUGUCCAAUCUAAGAAUAUGAGUGAAAUGAGGGAUUCAGGUGCAGUGGUGAAGAAAAGUGGGAGUGAACCAACACCCAAAAGGCCUCGGAACGAAACUACCCCAUCUCCUUUGCCAGCUUUUAAGGUGAGAAAAGAGAAGAUGGGGGACAGAAUCACUGCACUCCAACAAUUAGUGUCGCCUUUUGGAAAGACUGAUACAGCCUCAGUGUUAUCUGAAGCAAUUGAAUACAUCAAAUUCCUCCAUGAACAGGUCACUGUUUUGAGUACCCCGUAUAUGAAAAGUGGAGCUCCUAUACAGAUUCAACAGGGUUCCGGUAAAUCUAAGGAAGGUGAGGGUCCAAAACAAGAUCUUAGAAGCCGAGGGCUAUGCUUGGUGCCAGUUUCAAGCACAUUUCCAAUGACUCAUGAAACCACAGUUGAUUUUUGGACACCAACAUUUGGAGGAGGUUCAAGAUAGAAUAAGAUAAGAAGACACAACACAUAACAUUGGUGUAUUAUGCAACUAGGGCACAACUAACAUGAUCUUAUCAAUGCCUAGCCAAGUUGGGAAUGAUAAGAAGAAGAAAGAGAAAAAAGGAGAAAAGAGAGAAGCAACAAAGAAGGACACAAGGUAGCCCACAUUUAUAAUAUGUAAAGGUAUAUAGAGUUAUUAAUUAGUUCUUAUGGGGUGUAGGGGAAAAAAAGAGAUAAUAAAAAAGAAAAGGGAGAAAGAUAGAGAGGUGUGGGGGGAAAAUGUGUUGAAACUUGAAAGAGAAAGAAAGAAAAAGAAAGGGAAAUGACCCUCCUAAAAGGAUUUUAGGCCAUUUGUUGGGCCCAAUUAAAUUCAGAAUUAUUCAGGGUUUAUCAUAGGAGAAAAAUAUAUAUUGGGACCAUUUGAGAGCACAAUAAGAUGUUGUAAUAAUUGAAGAAUUAUCAUGCUUAUUAGGAUGGGGAGGAAUGAGUAAUAUUACACAUUCAAGUCUUUUUAUGAA